AUGGAUCGAGUUGUUACAAAAACCGUGGAUGCUUUAACACGAUUUGGUGAGCGUAUCGAACGACGUUUAUCGACUGGUGAUGAUGAUGAAUGUGGUUAUGAAAGAUCGGGAUCAGGUUAUAUGCGUUCGAAUUCUGGAUCAGCAUUUCAUCGACCAUAUGAUGGCAAACAUCAUAAAGAUUUUUAUUCAUCAAAUCAACAUGAUUUAUCUUAUGGUUAUGGAGGAAAUUUUUUUGCGGAUAAUUUAGCUGCUAGUCCUGGAGCACAUAGCAGCUUUAGUAAUUAUCGACAAGGUCCAAUGGGUAAUCCAUAUGCUGAUGGUAUGGUGAGACCACCUUAUGGAGCUGGAAUGGCUGGUUCUAUGAAUUAUGGUUAUGGAGGAGCCUACCCUGGUCCAGUACCACCUGUACCAUAUGGUGGUGUUCCUGGUAGUGUAGGAUAUGCUCCAGAUUAUUAUAUUGCUGAACGACGACACAUUGAUUUAGUUCCUGCUCCACCACCACGCUAUAUUCGACAACCAGUUCCUGUUCCUGUUCCCGUCGAUCGUCCUGUACCUCAACCAUAUCCUGUUGAAGUACCUAGACCAGUACCGGUUGAUCGACCUGUACCUGUGCCAGUUCCAUCGCCGGUUCCUUUCGAUCGACCAGUACCUGUUCCUGUACCAGUAGCAGUUCCUUCACCUCCAGUUCACGUCCCAGUUCCAGUUCCAGUUCCUUCACCAGUUCCAUGCUAUGUACCUGUUGGUGUUCCUGUUCCAUCACCUCCUCCUAGUCCUGCUAUGGUCGAAAAUUCAGUUACUUAUAGUCAACGUUGGCUUACUGGUUCACCUGUAAUGAUGAAUCAACAACGUUAUCUUGCUGGUUCACCAGUCAUGGGCAUGAAUCCAUGUGUUACACCUUAUGGCAAUGGUCCCUUUAUGCGUUAA